GGAGGCCCGCCCCCUCCCCCCUGGGUCGGACGCCGAGCGGAGCCGCGGGCGGGAGGGCGGACGGACCGACUGACGGUAGGGACUGGAGGCGAGCAAGAUGGCGCAGACGCAGGGCACCCGGAGGAAAGUCUGUUACUACUACGACGGGGAUGUUGGAAAUUACUAUUAUGGACAAGGCCACCCAAUGAAGCCUCACCGAAUCCGCAUGACUCAUAAUUUGCUGCUCAACUAUGGUCUCUACCGAAAGAUGGAAAUCUAUCGCCCUCACAAAGCCAAUGCCGAGGAGAUGACCAAGUACCACAGCGAUGACUACAUUAAAUUCUUGCGCUCCAUCCGUCCAGAUAACAUGUCGGAGUACAGCAAGCAGAUGCAGAGAUUCAACGUUGGUGAGGACUGUCCAGUAUUCGAUGGCCUGUUUGAGUUCUGUCAGUUGUCUACUGGUGGUUCUGUGGCAAGUGCUGUGAAACUUAAUAAGCAGCAGACGGACAUCGCUGUGAAUUGGGCUGGGGGCCUGCACCAUGCAAAGAAGUCCGAGGCAUCUGGCUUCUGUUACGUCAAUGAUAUCGUCUUGGCUAUCCUGGAACUGCUGAAGUAUCACCAGAGGGUGCUGUAUAUUGACAUUGAUAUUCACCAUGGCGACGGCGUGGAAGAGGCCUUCUAUACCACAGACCGGGUCAUGACUGUGUCUUUUCAUAAGUAUGGAGAGUACUUCCCAGGAACUGGGGACCUACGGGAUAUCGGGGCUGGCAAAGGCAAGUAUUAUGCUGUUAACUACCCGCUCCGAGACGGGAUUGAUGACGAGUCCUAUGAGGCCAUUUUCAAGCCGGUCAUGUCCAAAGUAAUGGAGAUGUUCCAGCCUAGCGCGGUGGUCUUACAGUGUGGCUCAGACUCCCUGUCUGGGGACCGGUUAGGUUGCUUCAAUCUAACUAUCAAAGGGCAUGCCAAGUGUGUGGAAUUUGUCAAGAGCUUUAACCUGCCUAUGCUGAUGCUGGGAGGCGGUGGUUACACCAUUCGUAAUGUUGCCCGGUGCUGGACAUACGAGACAGCUGUGGCCCUGGAUACGGAGAUCCCUAAUGAGCUUCCAUACAACGACUACUUUGAAUACUUUGGACCAGAUUUCAAGCUCCACAUCAGUCCUUCCAAUAUGACUAACCAGAACACAAAUGAGUACCUGGAGAAGAUCAAACAGCGACUGUUUGAGAACCUUAGAAUGCUGCCGCAUGCACCCGGGGUCCAGAUGCAGGCGAUUCCUGAGGACGCCAUCCCUGAGGAGAGUGGCGAUGAGGACGAAGAAGACCCUGACAAGCGCAUCUCGAUCUGCUCCUCUGACAAACGAAUUGCCUGUGAGGAAGAGUUCUCCGAUUCUGAAGAGGAGGGAGAGGGGGGCCGCAAGAACUCUUCCAACUUCAAAAAAGCCAAGAGAGUCAAGACAGAGGAUGAGAAAGAGAAAGACUCAGAGGAGAAGAAAGAGGUGCUGCCCUUGGCCAUCCCUGUACUCUUGUGUUCCAGAAGUCACAGAAGAGGAGAAAACCAAGGAGGAGAAGCCAGAAGCCAAAGGGGUCAAGGAGGAGGUCAAGUUGGCCUGAACCGACCUCUCCAGCUCUGGCUCCCUGCCGAGUCCCUCACGUUUCUUCCCCAACCCGUCAGAUUUUAUAUUUUCUAUUUCUCUGUGUAUUUAUAUAAAAAUUUAUUAAAUAUAAAUAUCCCCAGGGGCAGAAACCAAGGCCCUGAGCCCAGGGCAGCUGUGCUGGGUGAGCUCUUCCAGGAGCCGCCUUGCCACCUAUUCUUCCCCAGUUCUUAACUUUGAACCAUAAAGGGUGCCAGGUCUGGGUGAAAGGGAUACUUUUAUGCAACCAUAAGACAAAAUCCUGAAAUGCCAAGUGCCUGCUUAGUAGCUUUGGAAAGGUGCCCUUAUUGAACAUUCUAGAAGGGGUGGCUGGGUCUUCAAGGAUCUCCUGUUCUUUUCAGGCUCCUAAGGUAACAUCAGCCAUUUUUAGAUUGGUUCUGUUUUCGUACCUUCCCACUGGCCUCAAGUGAGCCAAGAAACACUGCCUGCCCUCUGUCUUCUCCUAAUUCUGCAGGUGGAGGUUGCUAGUCUAGUUUCCUUUUUGAGAUACUAUUUUCAUUUUUGUGAGCCUCUUUGUAAUAAAAUGGUACAUUUCUAUAUC